AUGGUUGGAUCUGUUCUGACGUAUGUUGUGAGAAGAAUCGGCGAUUUCAUCAUCGAAGAAGCCAUCUUCCUGAGGGAUGUGAAGGAGGAAGUGGAUCGGCUCCAUGCUGAACUCCGGCGGAUGGAGUGCUUCCUGGAAGAUGCGGACGAAAAGCGGGAGCAGGACAAAAGGGUGGGGAACUGGGUGAGGGACGUGAGGGAAGUGGCUUAUCAAGCUGAGGACCUCAUCGAGUCCUUCAUACUGAAGGUCAAAAUGAGGCGACAGUGGAGGAGGGGGUACAACGUCAGAUCCAUGCUUUGCGCUUGCGUCCCCUGCGAGCUGAUCACGCGCCACAAUUUCGGCAGAGAUAUCCAACUGCUGAGGGUGAGGAUUGACGACAUCAACAAGAGCAGACAGACCUAUGGCAUCGUAGAUCUCGGCGCCGGUAGCGGGGAGAAGAACUAUGUCGAUGAGCGAGUACAGCGACGGCGGCGGGCAAAUCUCCACGCCUCCGACUCUGAUGUGGUCGGCUUUGAGGACGAGAAGAAGAUUGUCCUGAAGCUUCUGUUUUCCGAUAGUGUGAAGCGGCGAUCCGUCAUCUCCAUUGCGGGGAUGGGAGGUCUUGGGAAGACUACCCUUGCAAAGGAAGUCUACAAGGAUUCACAGAUUAAAAGCCACUUCGGUUUCUGUGCCUGGAUCGAUGUGUCCCAGAAAUACAAGGACUUAGAGCUUCUUCAGGACUUGGUGCAGCAGAUCUCGAGGAUUGAAAGAGAGGAAUUGGGGAAGAUGACCAGGAAGGAUCUGGAGGUUAAGCUGGAUCAGUCGCUAAAAGCGGAAAGAUAUUUGAUCGUCAUGGAUGAUGUGUGGGACAAUGAGGUCUGGAAAAUUGUUGGCCCGCAUCUCCCAGAUAUCGGCAACGGAAGCAGGGUGCUGAUCACUACCCGCUCUCUUGACGUCGCCAGAUCUGCUGACUCAUCCACCCCACCCCACGAGAAGCGGUUCCUGAACGAGCAAGAGAGCUGGGAGCUCUUCUCGAAGAAGGCAUUCCCAUAUGAAGAUGCCCGAAGUGUCUGCUCGGGGGAGUUCGAGGAGAUUUGCAAGGAGAUGACCGGGAAAUGCAGGGGAUUGCCCCUGGCGCUCGUGGUGCUUGGCGGUCUGCUUUCGAAGAAAGAGAGGAGAGUCAUCGUAUGGAGGAGCAUAGCGGAGAGCAUCGUCUGGCAGCACGACGAGGAAGGCCAACUAUGCAUGGAGAUCUUGGCGUUGAGCUACGCAGACUUGCCCCACCACCUCAAGUGGUGCUUCCUCUAUUUCAGUGCCUUCCCUGAGGACUUCGAGAUCGAGGUUCAGAAGCUGAUCAGACUGUGGAUCGCGGAAGGUUUUGUCAAGGACAGAGCGGGUGCAACAUUGGAACAAUCUGCAGAGCGGUACCUUGAGGAGCUCGUCCAGAGGUGCCUAGUUCAGGUUGCGGCAUGGUACGACAUUGGCACUGAAAGAUGCCGCAUGCAUGAUCUCCUCCACGAAUUGUCGAUUUCACAGGCUAAGGAGGUCGGCUUCUUCUACUGCUGCAGGAAGCCGCAGGACAGUGCCCUUCCAUAUUCCUCACUCCGGCGCCUGUCUCUUCACCAAGGCAUCGAGGAGUACAUCUCCCAGCGCCAUUCCACGCCGAGACUGCGGACCUUGCUGGGCUUCAACUUCGAAGGGUCGCCCAUGGGUUUCCCUUUGAAUGGGCUAAAAAUGAUCAGAGUGAUUGACUUAGAAGGGGGGCCAAUUAAAUUAUUGCCGAAGCAAGUUGGAGACCUUAUCCAUUUGCGAUACCUUGGUCUGAAGAAAACAAGGAUAAAAUCUCUCCCCCUAUCAGUUGUGAAGCUAUCUCACUUGCAGGUUCUGGAUAUCAAGGGGACGCGAAUCGCACAAAUACCCAGCGGUGUGUGGACGAUCAAAGCCCUCCGGCACGUCAUUAUUCCUGAUGCAGUAGAACCACAGAGGAUCCCGGGGAGCCUGAGCAGCUUACAGGUUCUAGAGACAGCCAAGGCUGGCGACUGGAUAAAUAGCCACUUACACAGCCUGACGAAUCUACAGACUCUGCGUAUAAAAGGCAUCAGAGGCUCUUAUCACCAGGUGCUCUCUGCUUCAUUGCCAAUGUUCUCACGCCUAACCACCUUGGAGCUAGCAGGUGAAUCAAUCCCUGCAAGUUUGCUGACACUGUCGAGCCUCGAGUAUCUUCACACAAUGGGCUUGCUCGGGCAGAUGGAAAGCCCGCUGCAAUCCCAGGCUGUCAGCUACCAGUGGCCUUCCAAUCUCUGCAACCUCACGCUGUGGGACUCUGGGUUGGUUCAGGACCCAUUGCCCUCUCUGGGAAAGCUCUCUGACCUCCGUGUUCUAUUAUUGCUGAGGAAUUCGUACCGGGGAACGGAGAUGGCCUGCCCUCACGACCGGUUCCCCAAGCUGCAAACGAUGAGGCUCGAGUAUCUGGGAGAGUUGGAGCAAUGGACAGUGGAUUAUGGGGCGAUGCCCUGCCUCAGAACCCUGAUGAUCAACAGCUGCAAGAAGUUGAAGAUGCUUCCUCAAGGGUUGAAGGGCUUGGCUAGCCUGAAGGAGUUUACCCUGUUGAAUAUGCCCAGUGAAUUCUAUUCUCGGGUUAAGAAAGAAGAGGGAGACGAUUGGGAGAAGAUCGCGCACAUACCUUCAAUCACCGUCAACCGUCAGAAGAUAACAUGA